UUCAAGGAAAUUUUUGAGGUGUGUUUUGUUGAUUGUAAAACUCCAAAAGGAUUAAUUCGUGAAAAAUUAGAAUCUCUGGUGAAUGUUUUCGUGAAGAAAGAGUCAGGGAAGUACAUAUUUUGCCACGAUUUUUUAAUGGAUGUCGUAACAUACACAAUAGCAUCUGAUUUUCCAGAUCUUCUCGUAAAGAUUUGCCCGCUAUCUGUACUAAGGAGAAGGGUAUUUCUAAAACCUAAAAUCAUUAAAAAAAAACGAUAACGAUCUAUCAAUAAUUCUUCACGAGGACUAUGCAGAUGACCUGGCAGACAGAUUUUUUUUAGAAAUGAAAGACAAUUUCAUAGACGUAGUUUUGUGUCCAUCAUUCAGGCAUUGUAAAAUACAGAAUAUUUUUAUCAAAAGAAUUUUUAAUAUGGAUAACAUACAAUUUCAAGAGAUGUUUUUAACCACAACUUAUCCUGAAAGAUCUAUUAUGCAUUCUUUCUUUAAGGCAGCAUUUGUAAAUAACAAAUAUGUUCUGACUCUUUUUGGAGCUUUCAUUCAAAAGAAGGAGCAAUCACUUGAUAUAGUAACACCAGAAAAAAGUACAAUCGAAGAAGAUAUAUCGUUUAAUAAUUUUAUCGCAUUUUUCCAGCAAAGGAAUUUUACUGAAGAAACUGAAGGCGCAGUAAUUGAGUCAAUGAUUGAGAGAUUGAUGGAUAUUAUUGACAUUGAUAUGAUACUAGAUAAGAUUCAGCACCCGGAUCCAAAAGAAUUUAAACAAAGAUUGAAAUCGAUAGUAAUAGAACUAUUGAAGCUUUUGAGGAUGAUCCUUAAUGAUCCAGUCCUAAUGCAAAAUUUUCAAAGCUUAGAUGAAAAGAUUCAAGAAAUAAUGCUUCGUACAAAAGAUACUCGCCGGUAUAUAGACUCAUCUGAGGUAUCAGUAAAGGAAUUCAGUAUCACAAAUCUUUUAAACCUAAAAGAAAACAAUGUAAAAUCAAACAAUUAUUUUCUUUAUUGCAUUUGGAAUAUGAGUGCAGAGCAAGCUUUUCAGUGCUUUUGUGAAAGUACAAACUGUUUUCAAAUGACAAUGAACAUGAUGGAACCGUUUUUGCGUAAACGUAUAUGGUCUUUCAUUAGAGAUAUUACGACAGUUCUGGAAGAAAUAUUGCAAGUAGUUAACAAUUAUUUCUCAAAGGAUCCCUCUAGUUCCAAUAUGUCUCCAUUUUAUAAAUUUUACAUAAUGUUUAAUCAAAUACUACAAAAGGAAAGAGAACAGACAUCAUGUGCAAAAGAGAUAUGUUUGAUUCGGGAAAUCGAUAAAAACUUGCGAGUUGCCGAAACAAAUAAACAUAGUUUAGCUUUACUUGCACAUGAAAUAUCUCCGUUUCAAAUGUAUAUUAUAUAUGGUGACAAAAAAAUUAUCGAAGCACUUUUAAAACGCAUAGAUAGAAUAGAAAAUGGCAGAACAAUGAUAUCUAAAAGCGUCUUCUUAGCAGCGUGUUUAAAUGGGUCCGUACAAGUAGCUCGGCUUAUCCUAGACUUAAUGGGUGAGAGUGUCUUAUACCAAAAAUGGUUUUGCAAUGAUUGUUCAUCAUUAAAUGCACUUCAGAUUGCAUCUCUCUUACAUCACAGUGAAAUGAUUGCUUUUUUAUUAAAAUAUAAAUUUCCUGUAAAUUGUUUUGAUGUUCAAGGAAAUACUCCUUUGACGAUGGCAAUUACCAGUUUUCAUAAAUGUAUGUCAGAAAAUGAGAGACAGAGAGGUGUUGCUACUUUGAAGAUUCUCCUCAAGCAUGGAGCUAGUACAUCAAUUCGGAAUAGUAACGGGGCAACUCCUUUUCACGUUGCUUGCGACUAUAUUGAUGACAGAUGUAUUUUGGAACUUUUCUGUGAUGAAAAUGUGAACAAUUUAACGGACAGUGGCACUAGUCCUCUUAUGCUUGCUGCUAGAAAUGGAAACACUGAUAUUGUAUGUCUAUUACUUCAACAAAAUGCUCUUGUAAAUCAUCACGAUCAGGCAUGGCUGUAUCCUAUUCACUACGCUUGCUUAAGUGGCUCCCUAGAAACUGUUAUAUGCCUGUUUGAUCACGGCGCGAUUCUUGAUGUUGUUGAGAACAAGGGGAUUACGCCCUUACAUUCUGCUGCAUUUAAAGGACAUGAUGAUAUUGUUAAAUUUCUUCUUUCGAAAAAAUGCUCUGUCAAUCAAAAUGAUAUCAAUUUGAAUACAGCACUCCACUUUGCAGCUGCAUAUGGUCAUUUGAAUGUUGUAAAAACUUUACUAAAAAAUGGGGCGAAUGUGAACCAUGUUAACAAAGGUCUAGAGACACCAGUUUUCUAUGCUGCAUUACAAGGACAUUAUAUGGUAGCAAAAGAGUUAAUUAAUUUUGGUGCUGAAAUCAACAAAUGCAGUUGUACAGGAAGAUCUCCUUUAAUGCAAGCAGCUCUAAAUAAUCACACGAAUUUAAUAGAACUCUUGCUUGAAAGUGGAUCAAAUGUUAAUGGUACGGAUGCUUAUACAAGAAAUGCUGUUUGGAUAUCUGCGUCUGAGGGUCACGAAGAAAUCACUUCACUGCUUUUAGAAAGAAAAGCAGAUUUUCAUAUCCGGGAUAAAAAUGGAUUUACUCCUCUAACUAUCGCUGCGAAGAAUGGAAAAUUGGAAAUAGUAUCUCUGUUGCAACAACAUGGAUGUGAUCUGAAUGAAUAUGCAGCGAACAAUAACACGCCUCUCAUGCUUGCAGCUGGUGAGGGUCAUAACGAUGUUGUUUGCUAUCUGUUAAGUUAUAACGCAGACAUAAAUAUGAUAAAUGAAAGAAAAGAAAAUGCAUUAUGGAUUGCUUCUGCAAAUGGCCAUGAGGAUAUUGUAAAAAUACUGAUUGAUGAAGGAUCAGAUGUGACACAGAACAUUGAGGAAAUUGACCCACUAUAUGCUGCAGCAGAAAAGGGAUACACAGAAAUUGUAGAUUAUUUGCUAUUUUCUGGAGCUAUUGAAAACAUAAGUGAAUUCAAAGUCGAUGAUGCACUUAUGGUAGCAGCUCUUAGAGGUCAGUCCUCCGUUGUCAAAAUUUUGAUUAAGGCAACUGGAGACAUAAAUUGUCAAGAUGCCGAAGGUAAGACCGCUUUACGGCAUGCUGUAUGUGGAGGAAGUAUAGAUGUCGUUAACAUUUUGCUUGAUAACAGUGCAAAUGUUAAUGUUUCUGAUCAUUCGGAAGUGACGCCAUUGAUGGUUGCAUGCUCUAAACGUCAAGGAAAAAUCAUCGCAGAGCUACUGAGAAAAGGCGCAUUUUUUACAAUUCUCAUCAUUGUAUCCAUGGAGAAAACAACGUAUGCUCUUAGGAAUGUUGGAAGUAUUUUUCACAUUUAUUUUUCAAAACCUCCGACUCUACCAAGUUUAAUGGAAUGCUUCUCAGUAAAAGAUGUGUUAACUAUGCUGCCAUUCAUCCUGGAAGAAGUAGAAAUAAAAUAAUGACUUUUUAAAACAUACUUUUGCUUUCGUGAUGAACAUGUUUUUGGAGUCAGAGAAUCCUCCGAAAAAAUAGCUUGCUACAUUCAAGGAUAUUUUAAAACCUCGAUUACAUAAAAAUUAUAAAAAUCAAUCAAAGACACGUGUAGAUAUACAUUAUCUGAAA